AGGGGAAAUCCAACCGUAUCCCGAGCGGGAACGACGCCCUUUUCCCAGGAUUCCGGACCUGUGUCCUGGCCAACCACUGGCUGGACGACGGCGAGGGCCGGAUCCGCAGGGCCCGGCUCAUGGAUCUGCUCCGGAGGCACUUCCACCUGGUGCUGGAAUCCUGCCGGAUCGGGAUGGGGCAGCCGGAUCCCGGGAUCUACUCCCGCGCCCUGGAAGAGCUGCAGGCGGAGCCGCGGGAGGCCAUCCUGCUGGAUGAGGUCCCGGAGAACCUGGAGCAGGCGCGGGAGUUGGGAAUGGCCACGAUCCUGGUCCGGGACACGGACACGGCGCUCACGGAGCUGGAGAAGCUCUCGGGGCUCCAGGUGGGGAUUCCCGGGAUUCCUCUCAUUCCCGGGAUUCCUGAGGGAGCUGGAGUGUCCAGGUGGGGAUUCCUGGGAUUCCUCUCAUUCCUGGGAUUCCUGAGGGAACUGGAGUGUCCAG